AUGGAUAUCGCGAUGCCAGCGGCUAUAUCCACUCUAGGGCUUCCCGCGGAGGAUAGCUAUUUCAUGCAACAUUAUAUACACAAUAUCGCAAGGAUUGCCCUCGCCAUAGACUAUACCGGGAACGGCUAUAGGUCGCUUCUCCCCAUGGCCCUCCGGGAACCCGCCGUCCUUAACGCGGCUCUUGCUGUAGCCGCCUCUCACCACAGCCGAUGGCAGCACACUACCGACGUCGUAUCCCGGAGAUACCUACGCGCCGCGUCUACAGCCCUCAGAGACCGGUUUUCGAAGCCGGAACAUAUACAUAGCGAAGUGACGCUAGCGACCAUGCUCCUGUUGUGGGCGGCCUCCCGGCUAUACGCGUCAUUUCGCGACGGUCAGAUUACAACUGAAGAACUCAACUCGAAGGCAAAUGAGCUUCAAGAGCAGAUACGAUCAACGGAAAUCAUUCUCGAGGCAAAUCCCCUGGUUAGCAUCUCCUGCCAGAGCGGUGCUGAGCCGUUCAGUACCAUUGGAAUGGGCCAAGAGGAGUUGAGGAGACGUAUGGUCGCGACGGCCGAGAUAUUUCGGCAUUCAUCUCACAUUUAUGUUUAUCGCAUCGUCAACGGACCCGAAGUCCCUCUCACCGAGGAAAUGGAGGCCAGUCUGGGGACAGCCCAGGAGCUACUUACGAUGGUUCCCGAUGCUCUUGGACCAGGCGCGAAUCUAGAAAUGGGCAGCGAAUACUUGAAGAGGUAUGGGUGCACCGAGAUUUAG